CUGUUUUGUACGUAGUAUAAAGUUUUCGUGAUUAUUAUUAAGGAUUUGAAUUUGUGCCACUUAUUAUGCACAAAGAAAUGAUAGUAAAAAUUUUAUUUACCGUUUGUUUAUUUUUACUGAUGUGAAAUAAUUUUUUUUUCGAUUUAAAACAAAAUAUAUUUUAUUACAAAGUAUAUUUUGAUUUCUUUUUUAAGUUUCAAUGGAUUACCGAUUUUAUUGAAUUAGUUGAAGACUAAUUAAAGCAAUAGAAUGGCGACGGCGUUGACGACGAGCGAUCACAAAGAGGAAGAAGAUUUAAUUGAUUUAGAUGGCCGUGCUUGUGUAUCAAUUGUUCGUGUACCAGAGACAGUUAAUUCAGAAGAACAUCUUCUGGAUGUCUGCCCACCGCGACUUGAGCAAAAAUUAUCCUUGACGAGAGAACACAAAUUGAUACGCCAACACUGCGACAAUGGUGAUGUUUUAGUAACUCUUGGGCACGAUCAGGUCGUUCCAGUCCGUAAAAGAAUAGACGUGGUGUCUUCAGAAACGAUAAAAAGAAUUCGUGUUAUUACGAAAAAUCUGGAACCUGUUAUAAAGGCAACUCAGGAGCAGAAUGCCGAGCUGAGUGAAAAUAAUAAUGAGUUUAAUGGCUCAAGGACUCUUGGAGAUGACGAAUCAUCUUCAACAUCUUUAGAGGUGGAUGUUAAGUCUACAGCAGCUGAUGAAAAUGAAUUAUCAGCAGGAAAUGAAGAAAAAAAGUUCGAUAAAAAAUUUUGGAUUAAAAAUUCUGAUGGAUUACUCGAUGAAUUUAAUUGUCAGCCUUCAACGUCUAAUAAGGAAAUUGUACCGACUCAUUCAAAGUCAUCAUCUUUAGGGCAAUCAUCAGAGGUAUUGGCAUCAGCAUCAUCUUCAGAAUGCUCCGAAGUUGAUUGGUCGUGGGUUGAAGAACUAGAGCGUCAACGUUCGCUAUCAAUUCAAUCACGUCGUCCAAAGUCGUUAAUCUCAGUGUAUACUCCCACUACUGCAAGUUCUACCCCCAUCAACUCUAGCACUAUUGCGAGCAUCACCACUACCAGCACACCGACAAAAACAACAUUAGAGAGUACAUCGUCAUCACCAGGUGCUCGUAAUAACGAAUACACACUAGAGAAAAUCCAGAAACGCAUGCGUUCGUCAGCAGGGCCAGUUGCCGGUAGCGGUGGACACUCAAAUGCCAGUAUCACCAUGCCCGUCGACACGACGACGGUCAAAUCAAUAGCCUCCACAUUAUUAAGCCACGAUAGUAAUAAUUGUAGUAAUAAUAAUUACACUGAUAAUGUAUCAGCAACAACAACAUCAACAGCAGGAACAUCAACUUCCAAUUCAACUUCCACUUCCUCUACUUCAAACUCAACACCGCUGUCAUUUGAGGUCGAUCAUAAUGAUAACGAAGACACGACUAUCGUUUUUAAUAGUGUUGGAAAUUCUCCCGCCAGUAGUUCGUCGUGGAUGCGUGCGUCGAUGCGCAGGCUUCGACAUCUCCGUCUUCCUCAAGGAUCAACAAGACAAAGGACAUCACACAGACCAUUGACUGUUGAUAAUAUUGAAUCAUCUUCAUUCACAACGACCUCAACAUCAUCAUCAGCAUCCUCAUCUUCGGCCUCAUCAUCUCGGCCCAUUUCUGCUCCAAACUCAUUACCAGACAUCGCGUUAAUUGCUCCGGAAAUAUUGGCCGCUCACACUAAUUCCAACCCGUCAAAUUUGAGGCCAUCGAGUGCGCCGGUUAUUGUUGCGAGGACUAAUGCCGGUGAUAAUUUGUUGACACCGCGUAGUAGAGGUAGAAGAGGAAAUAUAAGUCGUUCAAGAGGAAGUAAUAGUGUUACUGAAAGAUCAUGUCGGCGCAAUAGCAAUAGAUCCUCAUCAAUAAAUAAUAAUAAUACUAAUAAUAAUUGUGCUAAUGGUGAUAAUAGUGAUAACGUUAAUAAUAUUACAAGAAUAAAUUCUCCUCAACAUUCAAAUUCAACUCCAACAACCAGACGAUGUGAAAGACAGAGAGAUGGAUCCCGAAGAGCCGCAGGAAGCGGAGGAGGAAAUGAAGAUGAAGAAAGUGAGGAAAAUCCAUUGGGGAAAUGGCCACAUGCACUUAGUCCAGCAUUGGCUUGUCUUGGUUGUACACUUGGUUUGUUCAAUAUAAGCCGAUUUUCGAUACUCAGUGUUCAAUUCGGAGCAAAUUUUAUCGUACAAUUCUUAGUAUUGUCAUUGGUACUCGGUAUACCAAUGCUAACAUUACAAGUGUGUCUUGGUCAACGUCUUGCUGCCGGUGCCGUUGACAUGUGGAAAAUAUCACCAGUUUUUCAUGGUGUUGGUAUCGCUUUAUUAGUAGCACAUGCCCUUAUUGGUAUUUACAGUAUUAUUGGAGUUUCUUGGAUGUUCGUUUACUUCAGAGAUUCAUUUAUAACAAAACAAGACAGAUAUCGUUGGGCAGAACCAUUUUUUUUGUAUCGUGAAGAUACCAAGCCAAUGAACUUAUCAGUAUCUUACAAAUUACACGAAACAGUGCCUGAUUAUUUUAGUGGAGUCGUUUUACAGAGACAUCAUUUAAAUGAACCGAGUCCUAGUGUCGUGACUCUUAAAUUUCAAGUAGCAUUUAAUCUCGCCGUUGUUUGGAUGAUUGUUUUUGUUUCUCUUAGCAAAGGAUUAAGAUCAUAUGGAAAAGUUGUAUAUGUAUUUACACUAGUGCCAGUAUUCGGUACAUUAAUAUUAUGUACAAAACUAUUGGGUUUAACGCCACCGGGUACAAUAAAUCAAUUAUUUCCGGCAACUGUUUGGAGUGAAUUUUUUAUAAACAGUAAAUCCUGGGUCGCUGCUUCAUCUGAAGUAUUUCUAACAUGGGGAGUUUUAGGUGCUGCUGCAAUGCAGAUUGCCGCACACAAUAAAUAUAAGAAUCUUCUCCAACGAGACACCAGCCUGGUAAUUGUUUUGACAAUUGUUGUACUACUGUUAGCAGCAUUUUUAGCUAAUACGUGUGUGCAAAUUUUACGAUACCAUGGGUACACAUAUACGACUAGUUCUUUUGAAAAAAUAUCUAGUUAUGUUUUUAUGAGGCCAAUUAAUCAAGCGCCGCCUCCAGGUUACGGCAAUACGCCCGAAAGAUUCAUGUCCCACGCGUCGUUUCUUCUAGGACAGCGUACAAUAAAACCAGGUGCGGAUCUGAGUGCUGAGUCUGGAUAUCAGAGUCUCAGACUAUCAACGGAACUAGUGCCAGCGACUCUUGCUCUACUGGGUGCUGAACAAGUUUCGCCUUUUUGGGCCGUAUUAUUUUAUUUUAUACUCAUUCUUUUUGGUAUCGCGCAACAGUUAGCAAUAUGGCAUUGUGUAAUAACUGGAAUAAUGGCAAUAAAUGCGAAAAUGAUGAAACUUUGGGAAACUACAAUAACAUUUUUUAGUUGUGCCUGCGCUUAUAUCCUUGGAUUACCAAUGGCAACUGAGUGGGGUAUUUAUAUGGUUUAUUUUUUGGACUAUACAAUUGGCGGUGCGUGGUGGAUUAUUAUUUUAUAUCUCGUACAAGUCGGCGCAGUAUUUGCAGUUAGAGGUAGACCUCAUACUGGGGAAGCUGUUGUUGCUGAACUAUUUUCACCAACUGGUAGAUGUCUUAAACAUUGGGCUGGUCCUUUAUUGUCAUUCACAUGGAAUGUUAUAUUACCGAUUAUGUUAAUGGUCUUGAGCAUAACUUUGUUCCGCAGCAGUAAUUUCCGUGAACUAUAUUCUUAUAGACGAAGUGGUAAAGAUUACUGGGCAGUAUGGUCACGACAAUUGGGUGCAUCGAUGCAAUUAAUACCGAUAUUAAUUAUUCCGGCAGUUGCUAUAAUUCAAACUUGUCGGUAUCUCAAUAAUGGACCGCCGGAUAUUUUUGAUACUGAACAAUCGGAGAUGAAUAAUCAUUGUGAAGAUUGUAAUGUUAAUAGAAUCCAGUUGCUAUAUCGGCCAUCACUGGAGCCCGAAAGUGCCCGGCGACGUAUCACCCAGUUACGAAAUAGUACCGCGACAAAUGUAAAUCACGAUAACACAGGAAUACUACCCACGACAUCGGACGUACCCUUCGAAGACCCACCACCAAAGUAUACACCACCGCCCAGUUAUACGACGGCAACUGGUGCCCGAAUUGCUAAAAUGUUGCGUCAAAGUUUUCGUCAAAGUGUACGGAGAAUAGCAUCAGUCUUAGGAGAAAGUAGCGUAGCACGUGCAAGACCAGCUUUGCAACCACCGCCACCUGACUACGCAACUGUUUUAGUUGAAAUGAAUCAUACAAUUGUUUCAAGAGACAUACCAACUAUUCAUACCAUUGAAUCGCGACCGGAUGUAACAGAUGUUGGUGUUGCUAUGAAUAAUCACCAUAAUCAUCACCACCAUCAUCUUCACCGGAAUAGUCAUAGCGGAGUUCCAAUUAUGGAUCUAAGAGUUGGAUCACAAACUCUCGACAGAGUAUCACGAAACACUUUUGACAGAUGUCCUGUUGAAAGAACUCACUCUACAAUUGAUCGCAAUCGCCGGCGUUUACACAACACCGGAUCAUCUAAUCUGACAGCUGCUGAUGUCGCUAAUUUAUUACGGAGUAGUAUCAGAAGGGGUACUACGAAAACCCACCAGACAUUGCAGACAAAUUCGCUGCUCAAUCAUCAAUCAGCUCCACCAAUCAAUGCCACGUCUAUUGAAAAUCUCGUCACUGCUGCUGCGCCUAUUGGUGAGGAUUCGCUAGUUUUUAAUAAGCAGGACAUACCUCUAGUCUCUGAUCAAAAUGUUGAUAACAAUGACAUUGAUAUUGAUAAUAAUGAUGAUAAUGACAAUGAAGAAGACAACGAUAUUGGCAAUAAUGAUCCUGAUCCUCAUCCUGAUGAGGUUGAUGUUGAUGUUAAUAUUGAUAUAGGCGAUGAUGAAAAAGAUAAGACUGGUCAAAUGGAAUAAACUCCAUUUUUUUGUUUAUAUGUGUGAUAUAACUCGCAACAAUUGUAUAAACGAUGUAAUAUUUGUUUAUUUUUUAAUUGGUUAUUUAUCUAGUUUAUUGUAACUGUAUAAUUUUUUAUUAUUAUUGGAAAUAUUAAUUGUUAUUUUUAAAUAGAAUUAUUGGAAUGUAUUAUUUGAACGUGAUAUCGAGUAGAAUUGAUCGAUAUAUAUUAAUGCAUUACUUACAAUAAUGUUGUGUUCAAAAGCAUUUUAUUUUAUUUAUCUGAUGUAUGAUAAACACCGCGAUGCCUUACUGUCAACGAAAGACUUGUAAAUGUUUAUGCGAAACAUUAUUAUUAUUAUUUUUUACUGUUUAAAUUUGUACUAGAAAUUUGCGACCGAUAUUAGAUGAAUUUAUGAUAUAGAAUAUAUGUCGUUUGGAAGUAUAUUAUUAAAUUGUGGAGUGUAUGAAUAUGAAACAAUCAUAAUCCGUCCGAUUAAUUGUGUAAUUAAAAUAAAAAAUAAAUAUUAAGAUAAUUUGAGUUUUUUUUAAAUUGAUGUGAGUUUUCAUCGAAAUUUUUUUUUUUUUAUUAGAGCGGGUGAUGACUUGGAUAAAUAUUUUUAAAAAGUGUAUAUAGUUGAUUUAAAUAUAAUUAUAGAAAAAUU